AUGAAGGUAGUUUGCUUGUUUCCACCCUAUGGAAAGGGCCUUCUGAUCUACGCAAAAAAAGAAUCUCAUCUUAAUGGAGCCCAAAUCAAACUUCGAGAGUUUGAAGCAGCCCUUACCUCUAAAGAAGCUGCACUGGCCACAGCCCUUGGUGAUAAGAAAAGUCUGGAGGAAGAAGUUGGGGAUUUAAAAGAUCAAAUUGUACAGCUUGAAGUUUCUUUAGCUGCUGCCAAGGAACAGCUUACACAUGAACUCUUAAGGAAGGUGGAUCUUGAAAACCGCUGUCAGAGCCUCACUGAAGACUGGGAAUUCCAUAAAAAUAUUUAUGAGGAGCAAAUCAAGGAAACAAGAAAGAAACUCGAAGCUUGCAUAGUUGAGGUUGAUUCUGGGUGUCAAACUGAAUAUGAACGUAAACUGACCCAAGCUCUUCGUGAUCUAAGAGAACAGCAUGACACACAAAUGAACUUGUGCAAAAAAGAGCUUGAACAGGCUUACCUUGCCAAACUUGAGAAUGCUAGACUGUCCUCUGAGAUGAGCAAUGCUAAAGCUAACUCAGCAAGAGAAGAACUGAAUGAAAGUCUUGUACGAAUUGAUAAUCUGUCUUCACAUCUUGCUAGCCUUCAGAAAGAGUGUAGAGCAUGGCAAGAUAGAGUGCAAGAGCUUGAGGACCGCUUGGCUGAGGAACGGGAAAACUCUCGCAAAAUACUGUCUGAAAAAGAGAAGGAAAUAGCAGAGAUGAGAAAUCAGAUGCAGGAGCAGCUGAGUGACUACGAACAACUUCUGGAUGUUAAACUGGCUCUUGAUAUCGAAAUCAAUGCAUACCGGAAAUUGCUGGAGGGUGAAGAGGAAAGGUUAAAAUUUUCUCCAAGACAAUCUUCCCGAGUGACAGUUUCACGGGCUUCAUCGAGCCAUAGUGUGCGUACAGCCAGAGGGAAGAGGAAGAGGGUUGAUGUGGAAGAAUCUGAAGCCAGCAGUAGUGUUACCAUUUCCCACUCGGCUUCUGCUACUGGAAAUGUCUCUAUUGAGGAGAUAGAUGUUGAUGGAAAAUUCAUCCGCUUGAAGAACACCUCUGAACAGGCUCAACCUAUGGGAGGUUGGGAGAUGAUCCGAAAAAUAGGAGAUACUUCCGCUACUUACAGAUACACCUCAAGAUAUAUACUAAAGGCAGGCCAGACUGCUACAAUCUGGGCUGCAAAUGCUGGAGUAACUGCUACCCCUCCUACUGACCUCAUCUGGAAGAACCAGAAUUCUUGGGGCACUGGUAAAGAUGUGAAGGUUGUACUGAAAAAUUCUCAGGGAGAGGAGGUUGCUCAGAGAAGCACUGUCUUUAAAACAACUGUAUGUGAAAGGGAAGAGAGGGAAUCUGAGGAAGAAGCACAUGAAGCUGAGGAGGAAGAAGACCUUCCCCACCAGCAG